AUGUCCGUCACUGACGUCCGAACGCCCACGGAGCGGACCACACUCCUCUCUCAUCCUGUCAACCAACGAACACCUCUUCAACAUGCUCAACUUGCUAUCGUCAUGCUCGUCCAAAUCUGCGAACCCUUGACCAGUCAAUCUAUUUAUCCCUACAUCAACCAACUCAUCAGCGAGCUUGAUAUCACUGGAGGGGACGAGAAAAAAGUGGGAUACUAUGCCGGAAUGGAAGCCCUCUUUUUCCUUGCUGAGGCUAUCGCAACAUUGCACUGGAGUCGCGCCUCGGACGCUGUUGGUCGAAAACCGAUCCUCCUGAUUGGAUUGUUUGGAAGUGCGAUAUCCAUGUUAAUGUUUGGGUUAAGUCGGACGUUCUUGACCCUGGUCAUAAGUCGGUCUCUCUGUGGCCUGUUGAAUGCAAAUGUCUCGGUAAUGAAAAGCACGCUUGGUGACCUUACGGACCGAACAAAUCGUGCUGAUGCUUUCGUCUUCCUUCCGAUUGUAUGGGCUACCGGUGCAUCCCUUGGCCCACUCAUCGGUGGCUCUUUGGCUCGCCCGCACGAUCGCUUUCCACAGUCGACCUUCUUCUCAACUCAUUUCUGGCUUCGAUUCCCUUAUUUUCUUCCGUGUCUGGUUGUCAGCGGUUGCGUGAUCGUUGCCUGGAGUGUUGUUUUGGCAUUCUUGAAAGAGACUGCUCCCCGCAAGCGGCAAGUCCCAACAAGCAAACAUCCCACCAAUAGUCGCCCCGAAGACCGAUACGGAGGCAAUACCUCGAUACCCAUGCGUCAAUUGAUGACGUUCCCCGUUGUCGUUUCAAUCUCAAAUUAUGUCGUCCUCGCCUUGCUCAACAUCAUCAUCGUUGCCUUAAUCCCGCUGUUCCUCGCCAUGCCCAUCACUAUCGGUGGGCUGGGUCUGGAUCCACCGAAGAUCGGUUGGAUUCUCUGCAUAUAUGGUUUUAUAACGGGGCUAUUCAAUCUCUUUUUCUUCGCGCGGCUUGUACGAUGGAUUGGAGAGAAGCGAAUGUUCGUCUGGGGGUUAUCAACAACUCUCCUAAUUUUUCCGCUCUUCCCGCUGAUGAAUGCACUGGCAAGAGAGAGAGGUGAACUGUGGUGGGGCGUAUAUGCUCUAAUCACUUGCCUGUUAUUUCUCGGGUCCAUCAUGGACGUGUCGUUUGGUGCGAUAUUCAUGUUUGUCACUGCGUCCGCACCGGCGUCUUCUCGUGGAGCGGUUAAUGGGCUCUCUCAAACUUCAGUUUCUUUGGCACGCUCAAUAGGCCCAAUUUUGGGAACGUCUCUGUUCUCGGUCUCUGUGCAGAAAAAUCUACUGGGGGGAUAUUUUGUGUAUGUUGCACUCUUUUCCUUGAGUUGCAUAGCCGUGUGUCUGGCGGAUAGGCUACCAGACGACGUAUGGAACGACAUUGAGUAG